AUGAAAAUCACAGGAAAGGGGAUCUGGAUCCCCAUUCUCCCUCUAGAUCCCCGCAUGAGAUUUACAGAGUCCCACCGUGAAGUAGCGACCGAGUCUUCCUCAGAUGACAUCCGGAUGCUGCAACAGGAACUGUCGUCACUACGACAGGAAGUCGAGCAGCUCCGACAGGAAGUAAGACAGAACCCCAAAACUGGAAGCGACCGCGCAUUCAGGAGAGAUGAAACUCAAAAUAGAAUAUUACUAAGUCAAGAAAGAAAUCGACGAUUAUUACUAAACUCACAAAAGGUCACCACAGAAAUAGCUUUCUAUGCAAACAGACCCAUUGAUUAUCAGAAUAUCUCCGUCCAUCAAACUCUGGCCUUCGGAAACGUCAUCUCAAACGUUGGUAACUGCUACCAUGGUACAUCCGGGAUCUUUACCCCCAGCGUCUCUGGUGUGUACGUUUUUCACGUACAAUUAAUCAUGUGUAGCGUCGGGCAUGACGUCCGCACGGAGCUGGUCGUGGAGGGUGUCAGUAAAGGGGGGCACUACGCAGGAGGAUCGACGACGUGCGCCAAUGGAGGGGGGUCGACCAUUGUUCACGUGAACGCCGGGGAUGCCGUCUGGGUUCGCGAGACUACAUCUGACGGGAAGAACCUGUUUGGCUGGGAGACAAGCUUCUCUGGGUUUUUACUGUAUGAAGAUUAA